GUUGCAGAUAUUAAGAGAUACUAAACCGUAUCAGCUUCAUGAGUGGUUCAGUUGCUAACAAGUCUCCCCACUCCACCUCUCCUACUGGUGCACGACGGCCCAACACGGCUGCAGGCCGUCUACGCCCAAACCACCCAAGCCAACGGAGACCAUACAGCUACCACCACAUACGAAAUGUCCCCAUUCGUGAGUGACAUGUGGCAUUGCCCGCAACCGACCAUCUGGGGAUGUCGUUCCACAACAGCCGGUAGAGCUAUUGGUAUUAGCGGCCCUUUUUGCCUUACUGCGCGAUGUCUUAAACGUUUGAAAUAUCCAUUCAUAGAUGGGGAGCUUUGCUCCUCAAGCCUGCAUCGUUUUUACCAAAUUUGCCACUCACAUCACAAGCUUUAAGAGACUAUAACCAAGCUCAACCAAGCUCAAUCAAGCUCCGUAUCCAACAAUCCAACAACCCCAUCUCAUAAUCACAUAAUCACAUAAUCUGUUUACUUGCUAUCUUGCUAUCUUGCUAUCUUGCUAUCUUGACCCUUGACCUCGGUUCCGGGAUGGCUACUACUACCAGAUACUCGCCUGACAUCGUCCCUCGACGGGAAUCGUCACCAAGGCCGAAGAAUGCGGAAAGACGACGGCCCCGCUUACUUAGAGCCUGUGCCACAGAACCUUCUAUCACCACCUCCAACGCUUGUAAGGGACUGUUGACGAGCCCGAACACCAGCCGGAGAGCAACAGACCUACUCAGCCGCGUCGCAAUAUCCAAUGCUAACUCGUCGCCAUCAUCAACACGGAGCUUCGCCCUAGACUCGUCCGAGAUGCGCGAAGCUCGUCUAUCAGACUCUCCCCGUGAUCCACACUCGGUAUGCUACUUCAGCUUCCCCAGCUUCGACGCCUGGGAAGUCGGCGAACACCCAGACGAGGAGAAGGUGGACAGGACCGCCUAAUUCCCUAAUUCCUAAUUCGUGGCCGCGCCCCCGAAGCGCUUCUCGUGUUGGGGAGGGGGCGGCGGGACCCGCGGGGGUUCCCCGAGUUUUCUCCAUCUCACCCAAUACAACACAAUACAAUACGAACUCGUCUUACCUACUUUUCUUUUUCUUCUUUUUCUUCCACAACGCGAUUAACGGGAGCGGGCAAUAAAGCAUGACAACGGGUCACCAGGCGCCGGAGCAUUGUUAUUUUUUUGCUUGCUUGUUUUUUUUAAUGUUUGGUUUUCCUCGCAAGGCAGCAAGGGUUACCAGGAUAUAUGUAUCAUCAAGCCUGACGGAGGUAGUUGGUGGUGGUGGUGGUCGAUGGUGGUUUUGGGACAGGCGCUCGGCGAAAACAUUGGAAUUGGUGCAGAACACGCAGAAAGAGAGAGAGAGACAGAAAGAAACUUAAUGGAUUGCGAGAUCUACUGGGUUGUGAGGAGUAAAAUGGGAUACCCCCGUUCGAAACAGCGACAGGACAGGACAGGAUGGGAUAGUACAAGAGAGAUAAAAGUUAGAUUUGCCCCUUGGGCUGGGUUCUAGCUCGCCUUGUUAUAUCUUAAUAUCUAAAAUAACUAUAAGAAUAAACAACACUUUUAAAAUUUGAACAACGGUUUAGAAUUCGCUCAACGAUGCUGCGAAUGUGGCGGGGGUGGUUGGCGAUGCUGUGUAGGUAGCUAAUAGAUGCUUAGCUACGGCGCACUCA